GAUUCCCACUCACAUUAGCAUUGAGUGUUACUUCAACUAAAGUGUCAAUCGAUUAUAUAUAUGACAAAAUAUAGUUUCCUAAUUGCAGCAAUGUAUCUAUUUCUAACAAUUGGACAGCUCCUUGUGGCACCUCUGGCGGGACUUGUCCCACAAGGUUUUACAGUGCGACAACCCAAAUGCAUUUAUCUGGUCGAUCCUGGUCCCUGCAAAGAUUGGGUCAAAGUUUGGGGCUUCGACUAUUUGACAAAUCGCUGUAUAUUCUACUAUUAUGGCGGGUGUGGCGGAAACCCAAAUCGCUUCUAUACAAAGGAUGAGUGUCUGGAGACAUGUCGAGUAUACGAUGAUCCAAACCGCAAAAGAAGAAAAAACACUGACGAUAGUGAUAUGUUUGAAAGGGACAUCGAUGAUUGGGACAAUUUCGAUCUUUAAAUAUAAGUAAAACUUCCUCUUUAUUCGUAAAGAAAACAUACAAACUUGUUUGCAACUCUCGAACAUACAUACAUAUACAUAUGUUCCAUAUAUUCUCUCUUUCCUUGGAAAUAUCUAUCAAGACGUCUGUGUGCUUCAGAGCUCUUUGGGACCUUUAUUAUUGCCGACCCUCCAACCACAGUGCCAAUAAACAUUUACACAUUCAUUGGUCAGCCGGUCAGCCGUGCUAUGCUUAGGUUGAAUUGUCUUGGCUUGGCUUGGCUUGUUUGUGGUCCAUUCCGGUUUGUAGCUCCACAAGAACCCUUCACAAAGCGAACGAUCGAUGGCGCAUGACAAGUGUAUGAAAAUUUCCAAGCAAUCAAACCAAACCAGAGCCGUUCGACACCUCAAAUGAAAUCCACUCGAGGCUGCCUGCCGCCUUCCGU